UCCGCGUUUCUCACCAUCUUGAUUGGCCUUGGUGGGGACAGUGCUUUUCCCGCCUUCCCUUCGCGCUAACACGCGCCACCAGGUCCCGGUGACCGGCUCCCCGAGGUGGGGGCAGGGCAGGGAGCGGCCGUGUUGGGCCCGAGGUAGUUAUGGCCCCCGGGGGACGAUGAAGCGAAGGACGGUGCCCGUGGUGGGUGGGUGCUUUUCUUGGCAUAGACAAGACUCAGCCCUGGAAAAGUAGUGAGAGGAUGAAAUGGGAGGUAAUACGAGAGCACAAGUUGAGCAGAUGGAUUCCUAGCUGUGGUGUUCCAGACAGGGUCUGAAUAUGGCAACCAAGGAUUGUGUCUUCUCUGAAGAGGGCACCUCAUUAGGAUUACCCCUUCCAGGACCAAUUGACUCUGAUGAGCUGAGCAAAUCCUACCCUUGGACCAAUAAGAGUAGAAGAAGUGGGCUUUCCAGACUCUGCCGGAGUAAAGCUUCUUUGUCUGCGGAUGGAUGGACUUCCUAUUGCUUAUCUUCACUGGCUGCUCACAACAUUUGUUCUGGCACACUUGGUAACCCAUGGGCUCAUUUGGAACUUGCCUCCUUAUCCUGUUCAGUCGAUAGCACCUCUUCUUGUUCCUCCUUGAAUGUUCUGAGUGUAGAGAAAUCCCUCCAUUCGUUCCCAGCUGCUGUGUGCAACCCAAAUAAAGCCAUCUUCACUGUGGAUGUCAGGACAACAGAGAUUCUCGUUGCCAAUGACAAAGCCUGCAAGCUCCUUGGGUACAGUAGUCACGAGCUGAUUGGUCAGAAGCUAUCCCAGUUGAUAUCAAAAUCUACUCAGGGUAUAGUGGAGGCCCUAGGGGAGGACCAUGUGGAGGCUGAUGGAUAUGCAGCUGUGGUUUCUGGAACAGUGGUGGAUGUUAUAGGACAUAGCAAUGAGAAGAUCCCUGUCUCAGUCUGGAUGAGGAGAAUGAGAAGCAAGGACAGCCGAUGCUGUGUGGUUGUGCUGGAACCAGUGGAAAGGCUCUCUGCCUCUGUUUCCUUCAGAAGUGAUGGAGAGAUUACAUCGUGUGACCUUCUUUUUGCACAUCUCCAUGGUUACACAUCAUUGGAAGAAGUAGUUGGGCACUACAUAACAGACCUGAUUCCUUCGCUGCAGAUCCCUCCUCCUGGCAGGAAAAUUCCAAAGAAUCUCAAGAUCCAGAGAUCUGUAGGUCGAGCCAGGGAGGGCACAACAUUUCCUCUCAGUUUAAAGCUGAGGGCUAGCCUUCCUGAUGAGGACCAAGUCCCAGUGGUUGAGGAUGGACUCCAACAGGAGUGCAAGACAGGAUCUUCCACAGACUAUUCUUACUCUGCCACUGUCUGGGUUUUCACUGCCAUCAGUGGGUUUAUCACACUCCAACAAGAUGGGACCAUCUGUGGCAUCAACAACAGCUUUGCUUUAAUGCUAUUUGGCUAUGAGAAAAAGGAGCUGCUGGGAAAGAACAUCACCUUCCUGAUUCCUGGUUUCUGUAGCCACAUGGAUAGAACUGAUGAAUCCUCCUUGCCAUUUCCCCCUCUCGAUGAUUGCAUGGAGACAGAAAAUGGACGAGCCUCUGGAGAUAUUAAAAGAGCCCAGCGGGGAGACUGUUGUAUAGCAGAUAAUAGUGAAGAUGCCAGCCUCUUGCAGGAGGACUGCAUCUCCAGCAAGCUACACGAGAAGCAGAAACUAGCAAAGAGCCAGGCAGAAGAGAUUUUCACUAGUGCAGAGACCUGGCUGAACAGUGGGAGCAGUUUGCGAUCUACUCUCUCAUCACCUGCAGUGACAUUCACACAUUUAAAUGGUGUGGACUGUGUUGCUACUGGUGGCCUGCCAGCCACAGAUGAACAGCCAUUGUCUGAGAGCCAGCAUGAUGGAGUCAUCACGGUGAUGGAAACUGCAGAAACUAAUAACUCACCCCAGAGCCUCUCUGCAGCAGACAAUCCCAAACCAUCUGAUUCAAAACAAUCAGUUUUUGGUCAGGAUACUGAAGUCCCAAUGAGAGACUGUGAUGGUCCAAUACCAUCUGAGACUCAGCAGGUGAACAUUGAUGUGACCGGUAGCUUUUCUGACCUGCUGCAGGAAGAACAUCCACAAGUCCUUGUGGAUUUAGAUAGCCAACUGAGCUCUAGGUUACCAUAUCAAACCAUGAAGUGUCAAUCUUCCUCUGAACCUCAGGGAAAGGCUACUUUACUACUGGACCCUCAGAUGCUUGUUCCUUGCAGAUUAGAAGAAACUGAGACCAAUGAUUUGAAUAGAUCUUUGUGUGAUGCUACCUGUCUCUCAUUUGGGACACCAACACUAGAUGAACCGUGGCUUGGGGCAACAUCUUACUUCAGACAAGAUGUGCAAGCCCAUGUGAUUACAGAGCAGUUUGCAAAUACAAAGUCAAUGAGUGGGACAAGGAACUCCAGCUUUGAGCAGAUGACAAUAGAAAACUCCAAACUGACUGACUGUUCAUCCUUCCUUCCCGUUGGAAGGAGUAAUAGCCAAGAUGUUUGUUCAGAAAGUCGACCAGCUUGUGAUGCCUCUGCUUUGGGGGCUGCCAUUAAUUUAAAAGAAAUCCAAGAACCGGGCACUAAGGUAAAUUGCAUUUGUGAAGGUCUUAAGGAACUGGACCUGAACACUGGCGCAGAGCUGACUUCAGCCAAUUGUUCAGAUACUACUUCAGAUCUUCUGAGGACACACUUGCCUGGUGUGGUGGAUUGUGACUUAGAUAUGGACAGCCUCCUGGCCCAGAAGACUAAUUCCUCUACAAUUGAACAGGAAGAGCUCCUGUUGAAUAGCAAUUCCCCAAAGGGUGGCCAGGGGUGGUUGAAUUUCGUCACACAUUUGGAAAAUAUUCAAGAGGAUUCCUCCAGAACAUCUCAUUCAGUGCCUAAAAGUGCUGCAGAGAACAUGGGGGUUCAUCUGAACAGAAGCCCUCUGAACAGUGAUGUGAAUCCCCAAGAAGACUUUCUGCUGUUCAAGCAGCAGAACUUGAAAAUGCAAGUAAUAUCCACCCCUGUGAAACCAGAAGCUACAUUAUCUCGGUCAGUUCCUUUGCUUGACUCCGAGAUCCUGGAAGGCAGCUACUCUGGGAACUGCUAUCACAGAGAUGGUUCACGACUAAGUAUACUUUUUGAAGUGAAGCGUGUAGAAUUGCAGGACCCUGCAGCUCUCUUCUGUGUCUGGGUGGUGAGAGACCUCCUUCAGAGCCAGAAAGAAGCAGCAGCAAGGACUCAGCUUCUGCUCUCCAGUCUAGCCAGUUCUUCCCAGUCUAUAGCGGAUCUCUCCACACUCAGCCUGGGAGAAGUGAUCAGAACAAUGCCAUUGUUUGAAAAUUCCCAAAGAGCUGAAGAUCUGGAAAGAUUGAGGGCAUGUGAGGGAGAAUAUGCAAAGAAAUACGACACUGUCAAUCUCAUUGGCAAAGGAGCUUUUGGCUUUGUCUGGACUGCCAGAUGCAAGAAAGAUAAUAAGGAGGUUGUAGUAAAGUUCAUUUGGAAGGAGAAGGUGCUGGAAGACUGCUGGGUAGAGGAUCCUGAGCUGGGGAAAGUUACUCAGGAGAUCGCAAUCCUGCUAAAGCUGCAGCACCCCAGUAUUAUUAAGGUGCUGGAUGUAUUUGAAAAUGGACGUUUUUUCCAGUUAGUGAUGGAGAAGCAUGGAUUGGGUCUAGAUCUUUUCACAUUCAUUGAUAAUCAGCCUGACUUGGAUGAGCCCUUGGCAAGCUAUAUAUUCAGACAGCUAGUGUCAGCAGUGGAAUAUCUCCACUGCAGAAAUAUUCUCCAUAGAGACAUCAAGGAUGAGAACAUCAUCAUUGCUGAAGAUUUCACAAUCAAACUGGUGGACUUUGGCUCAGCUGCUUACUUGGAACCUGGCAAGCUGUUCUACACCUUCUGUGGGACAAUUGAGUACUGCUCACCAGAAGUGCUCUUGGGCAAUCCGUACCAGGGACCAGAGCUGGAGAUGUGGUCACUUGGCAUCACCCUUUAUACCCUACUCUUUGGAGAGAAUCCCUUCUGUGAAUUAGAGGAGACCAUGGAGGCUGUACUAAAUCCUCCUUACAGGGUGUCAGAAGAUCUGAUGGCUCUGGUGUCUGGGCUCCUGCAUGCUGCUCCAGAGCAGCGCACAACCCUGGAAAAGCUAGUAGAGGAUCCUUGGGUGCUGCAGCCUGUGAAUUUGGCUAAUUAUACGUGGGAAGAAGUGUAUGUGUCGGCCAGGCCAGACAGCAAUAAUUUCAGAAAUCACUGUAUUGAGCACAGCCACAGAGCCAGCCAGCCAGCUCCUUGCUUGCAGAGUGAGCAGAGACUGAUCCAUGAUGCCUAUGACAGUGAGCUCACAGAUCCCCAAUUGGAAGGAACAGCCACUGCUUAGGCCAAGAGAUCUUGUUCCAAUCUUCAGUGUUGGGACUGACAUGCGGAGGACUCAUACUGCAGAUUUCCCCACCUGCUGGAGAACAGCUCCCUAGUCAUCAUCUGGACAGCACUUACUGUCCUCCCAAGAACCAGGGCCGCCCAGAGGGGGGGGCAAGAGGGGCAAUUUGCCCCAGGCCCCGCGGCCCGCAGGGGCCCCCACGAGUGUUUUCCGGGGCCCCUGGAGUGUUUCCCGUCUUCCCGCGG